AUGUGCUCAAGUGACGUUCGUUUGUUAAACUACCACCGGUGCCGUAUGACCCGCUUCCUCGCCCCCCGCCCAGGUUCAGCGGGCCUUAGAGGGGUCCGUCGGCCCGUGGCCAGGAGUCCUCGUUAUCUGGUGGAUAUAUUGGCUCGAUUGGCCGGCCGGAUGCUUACUCAAGACGGCCGCCGCGCGCCUCUAGUGUUUGUGGGU